AUGACCCUGACCAAGGUCAAUUUCAUCACAGGCAACAAGAACAAGCUCACCGAGGUGCGCGCCAUUCUUGGCAACGUCAUUGAGGUGGAUAGUCAGGCCGUGGAUGUGCCGGAAAUUCAAGGCACGAUCGAAGAAAUCGCCAAGGAAAAGGCCCGUCGCGCUGCUGAGACUAUCAAUGGUCCGGCCUUAACUGAAGAUACUGCGUUGGAAUUCCAUGCUCUCAAGGGCCUGCCCGGACCCUACAUUAAAUCGUUCAUGGAGUCCCUGGGUCAUGAGGGCUUGAACAAGAUGCUGGAUGGGUUCGAAGAUCGGACCGCCGAAGCCGUAUGCACCUUUGCCUUCUGUCGGGGUCCUGGAGCCGAGCCCAUUUUGUUCCAGGGACGCACCGAGGGAACCAUUGUUCGGCCGCGAGGCCCGACCAACUUCGGUUGGGACCCCAUUUUCGAGUAUGAGGGGGAGACCUACGCCGAGAUGGAGAAAGAGGCAAAGAACCUGAUUUCUCAUCGGUACAAGGCUCUGGUCAAGUUCCAACACUGGCUGGCCGAGGGACAACAGUAA